ACCCCUUACGCUCUCCGCCCUGCUCGCUUUCAGUUCUUCCCCUCCCGCUCCAUCCGGGUCGCUGACGGCUGUCUCCGGACUGGACAGUGGUGGCGGCUGCUUUUCUCUGAGGAACCUGGUAAAGUUUCACAGGGACCUGACCCAGGAGCAGCGGAGCAGCGGCCCGAAGCCGGAGGAGCCUUGGUGAUCGCCGCCACUGGCUGAAGGAGGGUCCCAGGAUCUGGAGACGUGCUUUAGCAGCCGCGCAGCCUCGCUAUUUGGGAGGGGCCGCCCUCGGUCGCCUUGGGUUUUCCCUGCACUGAGGGGCCGGAAAAGAACUUCAGUUUUCUGUUGAUGUGGAGACAUAGGGUACCUCCAACUUCCCAGUGUUUCAGAAGUGAGUUUUGUAUUGAAACUGGAAGACCAAAAUAAUUACAAGCAUGUUGUGCUGGGGAAAUGCAUCCUUUGGACAACUAGGUUUGGGUGGAAUUGAUGAAGAAAUUGUAUUAGAGCCCAGAAAAAGUGACUUUUUUAUAAAUAAAAAGGUCCGGGAUGUAGGAUGUGGACUCAGACAUACUGUAUUUGUUCUGGAUGAUGGAACUGUGUAUACAUGUGGAUGUAAUGAUCUAGGACAGCUAGGCCAUGAAAAAUCCAGAAAAAAACCAGAGCAGGUUGUUGCCCUGGAUGCUCAAAAUAUCGUAGCUGUUUCGUGUGGAGAAGCUCAUACUUUAGCACUUAAUGACAAGGGCCAGGUGUAUGCUUGGGGUCUCGAUUCUGAUGGACAACUUGGCCUAUUAGGAUCAGAGGAAUGUAUCAGAGUACCCAGAAAUAUUAAAAGUUUGUCAGAUAUCCAGAUAGUACAGGUUGCUUGCGGUUACUAUCAUUCACUUGCACUUUCUAAAGCAAGCGAAGUUUUUUGUUGGGGACAGAAUAAAUAUGGCCAGUUGGGUUUAGGCAUUGAAUGUAAAAAGCAAGCUUCACCACAAUUGAUUAAGUCUUUGCUUGGAAUUCCGUUCAUGCAAGUUGCAGCUGGAGGAGCCCAUAGUUUUGUACUUACCCUUUCUGGAGCUAUCUUUGGAUGGGGACGCAACAAAUUUGGUCAGCUAGGUCUUAAUGAUGAAAAUGAUAGGUAUGUUCCUAAUUUACUGAAGUCACUAAGAUCUCAGAAAAUAGUUUAUAUUUGUUGCGGAGAAGAUCAUACAGCUGCGCUAACCAAGGAAGGUGGAGUGUUUACUUUUGGAGCUGGAGGAUAUGGUCAGUUGGGUCAUAACUCUACCAGUCAUGAAAUAAACCCAAGGAAAGUUUUUGAACUUAUGGGAAGCAUCGUCACUCAGAUUGCUUGUGGAAGGCAACAUACUUCUGCUUUUGUCCCUUCAUCAGGACGAAUUUAUUCUUUUGGUCUUGGUGGUAAUGGGCAGCUGGGAACUGGUUCAACAAGCAACAGGAAAAGUCCUUUCACUGUAAAAGGAAAUUGGUUUCCAUAUAAUGGGCAAUGUUCGCUAGAUAGUGAUUCUGAAGAAUAUUUCUGUGUAAAAAGAAUUUUCUCAGGUGGAGAUCAAAGCUUUUCACAUUACUCUAGUCCCCAGACUUGUGGGCCACCAGAUGACUUCAGAUGUCCAGAUCCUUCAAAGCAGAUCUGGACAGUGAAUGAAGCUCUGAUUCAAAAAUGGCUAAGCUAUCCCUCUGGAAGGUUUCCUGUGGAGAUAGCCAAUGAGAUAGAUGGAACAUUUUCUUCAUCUGGUUGCCUAAAUGGAAGUUUUCUAGCUGUUAGCAAUGAUGAUCACUAUAGAACAGGUACCAGGUUUCCAGGGGUUGAUAUGAAUGCUGCUAGGCUUUUAUUCCACAAACUUAUACAACCUGAUCAUCCUCAGAUAUCUCAACAGGUGGCAGCUAGUUUGGAAAAGAAUCUUAUACCUAAACUGACUAGCUCAUUACCUGAUGUUGAAGCAUUGAGGUUUUAUCUUACUCUACCAGAAUGUCCUCUGAUGAGUGAUUCCAACAAUUUCACAACAAUAGCAAUUCCCUUUGGUACAGCUCUUGUGAACCUAGAAAAGGCACCACUGAAAGUACUCGAAAACUGGUGGUCAAUACUUGAACCUCCACUAUUCUUCAAGAUAGUAGAACUUUUUAAGGAAGUUGUGGUACAUCUUUUGAAACUCUACAAGAUCGGCAUUCCCCCUUCUGAAAGAAGAAUUUUCAACAGUUUUCUUCAUACUGCAUUAAAGGUUUUAGAAAUAUUACAUAGGGUAAAUGAGAAGGCAGGACAGAUUAUACAGUAUGAUAAAUUUUAUAUCCAUGAAGUACAAGAAUUGAUAGACAUAAGGAAUGAUUAUAUCAAUUGGGUCCAGCAGCAGGCCUAUGGAAUGGAUGUCAGCCAUGGAUUAACUGAGUUGGCAGAUAUCCCUGUUACAAUCUGUACAUAUCCAUUUGUAUUUGAUGCCCAAGCAAAAACUACUCUGUUACAAACAGAUGCAGUUUUACAGAUGCAGAUGGCUAUUGACCAGGCCCACAGACAGAACGUCUCUUCUCUUUUUCUCCCAGUGAUUGAAUCUGUGAAUCCCUGCUUAAUUCUAGUGGUGCGUAGAGAAAAUAUUGUAGGAGAUGCAAUGGAAGUCCUUAGGAAAACAAAGAACAUAGAUUACAAAAAGCCACUCAAGGUUAUAUUUGUUGGAGAAGAUGCUGUGGAUGCAGGAGGGGUACGCAAAGAAUUUUUUUUGCUCAUCAUGAGGGAAUUAUUGGAUCCUAAAUAUGGCAUGUUUAGAUAUUAUGAAGAUUCCAGGCUCAUUUGGUUUUCAGAUAAGACAUUUGAAGACAGUGAUUUGUUCCACUUGAUUGGUGUUAUCUGUGGAUUAGCUAUUUAUAAUUUCACUAUUGUGGACCUCCAUUUUCCUUUGGCUUUAUAUAAGAAACUCCUGAAAAAGAAACCAUCCCUUGAUGAUUUGAAGGAACUAAUGCCUGAUGUUGGGAGAAGUAUGCAACAAUUAUUGGAUUAUCCAGAAGAUGAUAUAGAGGAAACAUUUUGUCUAAAUUUUACGAUCACAGUUGAAAACUUUGGUGCAACAGAAGUGAAAGAGCUGGUUCUAAAUGGUGCAGACACAGCUGUUAACAAACAAAAUCGGCAGGAGUUUGUUGAUGCUUAUGUGGAUUACAUAUUCAAUAAAUCAGUGGCUUCCUUAUUUGAUGCCUUUCACGCUGGCUUUCAUAAGGUCUGUGGAGGAAAAGUUCUUCUGCUUUUCCAGCCUAAUGAACUACAAUCAAUGGUUAUUGGAAAUACAAAUUAUGAUUGGAAAGAACUGGAAAAGAAUACAGAAUACAAAGGGGAGUAUUGGGCAGAACAUCCUACGAUAAAAAUUUUUUGGGAAGUAUUUCAUGAAUUACCAUUGGAAAAGAAAAAACAAUUCCUGUACCUUAGUUCCUUCAUCUACAGCCUCAUGUCUGUUGUGUUUUUCAUCUCGUUAAAAUCUGAGUCCAAUUGAAGUUUGACCUUUUUCGGGGGGAGUAGUACUGGGGAUUGAAUCCCCAGGCACUUUACCACCGAGGUACAUCCUUAUCUCUUCUUAUUUUUUUGAGACAGAGUCUCGCUAAGUUGUUGAGGGUUUUGCUAAAUUGCCAAGUCUAGCCUCAAACUUGGUGAUCCUUCUGCCUGCCUCAGUCUCUCAAGUCGUUGGGAUUACAAGUGUGCACCACUGUGCCCGGCCCUAUUUUAAAAAGUUGUCAGAAUUUAUGUUCUCAAUCAGUGACAUUCCUUUAGUAUUCCCUGCUAUUGCCAAGAACAUUUUGGCUAUCUUUUCUUGAUAUCUUUUCUUUUCUUGAGAAUUGCCAAAUAUCAGGAUGAAUCUUGCUUGAUGCAUCCUGUAUCAUAAGGAUAGUAAAUUAUUAUUCUUUGGAAAAACAAUUUGAGUUUUGGCUCACUGUUAACAAUUUUCUAUCAAAAGUAACAGGAACAAAUAGAGAAGGGUAUAUGUUUUUGUUUUAACUGCGUUUUGGGCUGGGCCUGGGGCUCAGCGGUAGCACACUUGCCUGGCAUGUGUGAAGCGCUAGGUUCCAUUCUCAGCACCAAACAUAGACAAACAAAUAAAGGUCUAUCAACAACUUUAAAAAUAUAUUUUUUUAAAAACCUGCAUUUUUAUUUGGCUUUUUAACUAGUUCUAAAUGGCUCUUCCCAAAAGAAGGUCAGUAACAGUAGUCAUUAAUGUUUCAAAGAAUGUCAGUAGUAGUAGUCAUUAAUUCAUCAAAUGUUUAUUGAACACUUUCUGUAUACCAAUAUUAAGAUUAUACUUUUAAAGGAAAAAAAAGUGUAUAGGUGGGUAAUUAGUAUGCAUUUUGAAAAUCUUCCACAAAUUCUGGAAGCAGAUGUUCACAUAAAGUUGUGCUAUAGAACUGCACUAGGUAUUCUUAGCUACUAUAUGCUGUUGUGUGAAUGAUUUUUUCCCCCCC